AUGAGGUACGGGUCCGUCAAGAAGACUUUCGAAUCCGACCGAUGUUUGGGUAUGCGGGUUCAUGACCAAUUAAGGCCGGCUUCAUGCGCGGGUUCAAGGAGAGAGGGGAGGGGGUUUGGGAAAGUUUGGGAAGUUUUUGAAAAUUCAUUAUACAGUCAAAAUCAUGCCCAACCAAUCGUCAUGGAUAAUAUAAGAAUUUUUGUUUUGUGAAAGGGGUGGUUUUUUGUAUGAAUUUUCAUGUACAGUGGCGGGCCUGAUCCAGUGGCAAAACACGUACCAUUUUGGAUCCGGGAAGUAUCAAAAAUGCAGCAAAAUACCUCCCUCUCCAAGUCAAGAAAUUCCGAUUUCAAAAGCGCACACCCUUUUUGUGAGGUAAAGGAGUUUAUUUUUGUUGUAGUGGGAGGUAUUUUGCCAUAUUUUUCAUACUUCCCGGAUGCAAACUUAUACGUUUUUUGCCAAUGGUUCAAAAAAAAUUAAUGUUAAAAGUCACCGAUUUUUCUUGAAUAUAAUUUUAAAGAUUGCAUUUAUUACGGUCCUUGUGUUCAACGAAUUGUUUGGCAAGCCGGUUGCGCCACCAAUUCGACCCCAGCGCUAUUAUAUAACCGACUGUUUCCCAGGAUUUCGCGCAUACAAGAGAACGACCUCGUCCCUUUCGGAUUAUUCAUCGCUCACCUGGCCAAAAAUGACUGUCUCAAAUGGGGUUUCCCAUUCGGAAAUUCGAUCAGGAUUAGGCUGGUCCGCAAUAUAAACCAGGGGUAAUAAUGGGGUGCAAAGCAGCUGGAAAAAACGUUGUGGAUUUGGGGUUUGUCUGCAAUAUGAUUGUUGUUGAGUAGGGUUUGGGUAAUGACAAAAAAAUAUUUUUUAGGACGAGUUUUUUUGUGGUCUGAGUAGCUGACAAUGACAUAGUUAACAAGGGAAAACGCUCGAUGUGCGACGCUCAGAUUUUCUUUAUAUUUUGCACACACGCUGGACGUAGAUGCUAUAUCAAUUCUUCAAAAUUUUAGUUUGUGCUUUGCAGUAGAAGUCGAGAUAUUCAACGAUUUUUGCCAAAGAGAGAGUACGCAAAACGCGGAGAGCGGUCAGAGGGAAAACGCUUUCUGGCCGGAUCUUUGCCAGUUUCGUGUUGAUUUUAUUGUGGAAACAUCACCUGCUGCAGUAAAAAUAAAUAAAAUAAACAAAAAAUUUAUUACUUACAGGAUGAAUUGUAGAUAUUAUACUAACAGGGGAAGUACUCCAAGUGCGACGCUCAGAUUUUCGUUAAAUUUUGCAGACACGUCGGGCAUGGACUAAAUAUCAAUUCCUGAAAGUUUUAGCUCGCGCUUUGCCGGUGCCGCCGAGAUAUCGGACGAUUUAUGCCGCCGAGAGAGCAUGCUAAACGUGGAGAGCGGUCAGAGAGAAAACCGCUUUUUUGGCCAUAACUUUGGCAGUUUCGAGCGGAAAAAUUUGAUUUUUUGUAGAAACAUUAUUCUUUACGGUUGAAAUAGGCACGAAACUUUUCGUACCGAAAUUCGGCAAAAAGUCCUAAAUUUUGGCCAACUUUAAAUCUCGGUUGUUUGUGCAAAGCGCGAGCUAGAAUUCUCGCAUAUAUCUUAGAAAAAAUUAUUCUAAAUCUGUGCCAAGUUUCAUCAAAAUCUGAGCGUCGCACUUGGAGUACUUCCCCUGUAAAUUUUAUAUUCCCCUUUCGCCCUCUUUAAUCCAAUUUUUUUACUUUCCCUUCUCACGCCGUAGAUUCGCUUCCCAAUCCAACUUGAAGGAUUUGUUGAGGGAAAUCAAGCGAUUACAAAUAUAUCGAAAAGGAAAGUUUUUUUUUGCUGAAAUGAGAUAUUAUAUUCGAGUGGUCGCGUGUGUAUUUUACGUGAAGAAAUGUUUCGCGAAAUUAAAGAGUAACGAUUUAGCUUUGGAAUACAAUGAAAUCAAGGAUACGAUGAGGCUGCCAGCAUCAUGCUCACUGCCAAAGAUGAAUUUUGUUAGGAUUUUUAUUGUAAUUAUUGGAAUAUCUAUUGUUGUUGACUCACUUGUUGAACGUGUACAUAAUUUUGAGGUGGCGGAAGGUAAGUGAAGAGGGCUGUAAAGAGUUUUCAGGGAGUUUAGAAUAUAGAAUCUUUAUUUUUAUGAGUCUGUCGGGAAAAUAAUGAACACAUUGUCGCUGCGCCGAUCACGUCGCUGAAGCGAAAAUCAAUUUGAUUUUUUUGCGAUACAAUUCAUUUUCUCAAUGGCGAUCAAUUUUCGAUGCCACAGAGUGCUCAUUAUUUUCCCGACAAGCUAAUAUACAGAGCUUUACGGCAGCUUAGCACAUUUGGCUGGGCAAAAUUUGGUGUCGCAAAGCUUGCCGACUACAAUUUCAGGCAGAAGUUUUUUGGGUACUUUCCUUGUGAGUUUAGACUUACAUUAGUCUUAAUAAAGCUUAGGCUUGAAUAAUCUUACAGUUAGACCUUCGUUAGCGUUACAUGAUUUGCUGUUUGUGCUUCACGCACAAAGUGCAAUGUGACCGUAAACGCAAGUGUUUUUUCUGCCUUUCGGCGCUACCAGCAAAUGCCCUAUAUAUCAUGGCUUUGAAUGGAGACCAGAGAUUGCCACGGUCAGCUCCGGCUCCGAAUCCAUUUUUUCCAAAAAUAAAUGUUACUAGUGCCAAAGACACAGACCCACCGUUUUUGUAGCCAAGCCGUACGCAACACAUUCUUCUCAGCAUCUUUCAAGCAAUUUGGUUUAACAAGAUCACGAAAUUUUUACUUCCUGGACGUUGAGAAGCCUGGCUCCGACUUUGGGCUCGGUAGCCGGAGCCGCUCAGAGCCGGAGCCGUGGCAAUCUCUGAUGGAGACUCAGUUUGAAUUUUCGUUAAAAUUUCUUUGUCUAGCGUGCGGCCCUUACUAAAAGUUGCCCGGUAGGCGUUUGAAAAGACAGAGUCUGAGUUCGGGGCCUCGCAACAACUUUUGAAAAAGUAUUGGUCCUGUUGUAAUAAUUAAAUAAUAAGCUCCAACAUAUUUUCGUCACGUUUUUAGAAACACCCCCACUUACUAUUGUUGGCAAGAUUUCUCUUAUCCCUGACGUCGAUUAUCGCCUGUCUGCUUCCGAUGAAGCCCGAAGGUUGUUUAAUUUUGAUCUACAAACUGGCUACAUCACAACCAAAGUGGUCAUUGACAGAGAAAGUCUGGUGGAGGGAGAUGUUCAAACGUUGAAACUGAUUGAUCAGGACUCAUUUAAUAUCGACGAAAUUCGAAUAAAAGUUCUGGAUGUCAACGACAACGAGCCGGAUUUCGGAGUUACCCAAAAGGUUUGUAAAAUACGUUAUCUCAAACAGCCUUUUUCACUGUAGAAUUUUCAAAUCCUGGAGGCGGCUCCGAUUGGGUCAAAGCUAAUCUUGCCGAUGGCAAAUGACAAGGAUAAUGACGAAAAUGGAGAAAUUGUGGAGUACUCCAUAGUUCCCGAAGGGUCUCCGUUCAAUGUUGUAAACUUGGAUGGGAGUCUGCAUCUGGAACUGAUGAGAGCUCUGGAUCGAGAGGCUGUGGAAAGAUAUGAACUUACAGUUAUUGCGAGAGAUGGUGGUAGUCCUUCAAGGUGAGAUACAACCAAAUUCGGCAAAGCCAAGCCCCCUACGACAAAUAUUCGAGACAACAGUUUCUGAGACCAAAAAGUCAGAUUUAGACAAAAAAGGAACCUCCUUACAGCGAAACCCUUCUAUCGGUCUGUCGGGAAAAUUAUGAGCACUCUGUCGCAUUGCCGCCGAGAGAAUGAAUUGGGUCGCGAUAUAAUCAAUUUCAGCGACGCGAUUGGCGCAGCGACAUUAGAGAGUCGAGAUAUUAGUUUGUCGGGAAAAUAAUGUGGAUUAAUUGACCUUGGAAUCUCCCAGCAUCGUUUUACGGUAUCUAGCAACGACUGGAGAUUUCGUGCACGACCCGAGACAUUUUUCUGCUAUCCACAUUAUUUUCCCGACAAAUUGAUAAAUAUCGUUCUGUCGGGAAAAUAAUGAGCGCAAUGUGAUUGACUCUCAAUCAAGUCGCUGAAGUGAAAAUAAAUUUGAUUUUUCCGCGACACAAUUCCUUUUCUCUGCGGCGAUGCGAUUUUCAAUGCGACAGGGUCCUCAUUAUUUUCCCGACAGACUGAUAAUUUACUAUUGCUUAUCAUAUUUCAAUUCCAAACCACCUCUGCUUUUAGAACAGGAAAAUUGCAAGUGGAAAUUCAAGUUGUCGACGUCAACGAUAACUUUCCCGUAUUCGAGAAAAACUUGUAUGAAUUCACAAUAGCUAACUCAACAAGAUCCGGAGAUACCAUUGGAAAAGUUAUAGCGACUGACAAAGAUUUGGCUGACAAUGGAAGAAUAUCGUAUAGGCUUUUUUCCGGGCCCUCCGCGGACUUUCAACUCAACUCGGAGACUGGGGAAAUUCAAGUGAAAGUAGGCUCUCGAGAGGUAUCUUUCCAAUGUAAUCAAUUCUUAGAAUGCUACAGUAAACUGUUCGGAGCCAUGCUCAAUAAUUGUCGAAGCUGUGGAUCAUGGAGUUCCGGCGUUAAAAAGUCAGACCACAGUGGAAAUUAGGUCUAUUGGAGAGAAAAAGCAGCUAUUCAAGGUUAACAUAAGGUAUGUUCAACUUUCAAAAAAGGGUUUUUAAUCUUAAAACACCAUUUAUGGCGCGUAUAUCAGUUCUGUCGGGGAAAUAGUGAGCGCAAAUUUGAAGAGAAAAGAAAUUAGAUUUUGCCGCGACACAAUUCAUUUUCUCGGCGGUGAUCCCGAUUUUCGAUGCGGCAGAGUGCUCAAUAUUUUCCCGACAGACUGAUACAUGCCACAAGUCCUGAUAUGGGUCUGUCGGGAAAAUAGUGGCGGUCGUCGCGCUUCGGAAUCGCCCAUCAUUGCUUUGCGGCGGAUGGCAGCAGCUGGAAAUGUGGCCCCCCGGCCGCAUCCUUCUUUGGCGAAAUCCUUUUUUAGUUGGGACGAGCCGCCACUAUUUUUCCGACAGACUGACAAUUUGCAUAGUGCAAAAAAUGUGUUACAUCGUACCAUCGCUCCAUUUUUUGCGAUUUUCGCAGCGACGCGCCAAAACUGUACAAUACAAAUUAUCACGACUUUUUAGCACGCGCAGUAUUCUAAUUCCAAAUUUAGGACAUACCCGCCUGGCCAAAACUACGCUGUGAUAUCCGAAGAAGCUGCCAAUGGAGUAACUGUGGCUGUGAUCACUGUCAAAAGCCUAUAUCGCAAUGCCCAUGAGAGCAUCGGCUUAGUGAAUCAUCAAGAGGUGUUUUACAUUGAAACUGGAGAUGGCUUCGGUGUUCUGCGGGUGAAAAACAUGAGCCUGGCGACGAGAGAGCGAGAGUUUGAGGUGGUCAUUCGUGUCGGUGGAAGUGAGGAAGGCGAUGAUUUUGUUGACAAAAAACUGAAGGCAAGUCUAAUACAACGAAAGCUAAAGGAGGUUGGAAAGCGGAGAAACUUUAUCAAGGAUAAAUAUUAUGUGUUAUAGAGUCGUUUUUGCUGUAUGGGUUUUAUUUUGGCCUAAAAUUAACUUUGGUAGCCACUGACAACGUUUAUUACCGCAACAAAAAAUCUUAGAUACUUCAAAAUGCAGCUUAAUUCUAGAGCGAACCCCUGACGGACCCUGAUAUAACACACAAUUUCCCUAUGUAUACCGAACAUUGAUUUAUUCUACCGUAAAAUUUCCACAGCCAGAGCCAUGAACUUUUAUUUGCAACGCGUAUUUCAGGUAUUUAUUCUCGACAAAUUCGACUCCCCGCCCAAGAUUUUACAACAAAACCAAACCAUCUUUCUUUCAACCCAGCCUUCUACGAAUCAGGAGCUAGCGCAAAUUACAGUUGCCAAUUCGAAUAUUGACUAUGCUUUUGAGCUGAUGAAUCAUCAAGACGAGUUCUUUGUUGAUCCGGUGAUUGGAACGGUCUAUGCAAAAUUGGAAGGGCUGAGAAGCCCUCGUUACGAGUUGAAGGUGAAGAUUCGGAAUCCAGCGCCCUCUCUGCAAUGCUCGUUUGCCUAUAUCAUUGUUCGACUGGACGGGAGUGCUCUGCAGGAAAGGUCAAGGUUCAAGAAGGAUGUGUUUGUUUUUGAGGUAGGCUGUGGCUGAGAUACUGAGACAAGGUCUGGACUAAAUUAGAUGAGUAAGAUCCUCUAGUGCUCACCUACAUGAAGAGUAAAUCCUAUAUAAAUACUAACCCCUAACGAAUACAUAAUCAUAACUAAAAAACAGCUACGGUGAGGGCCUUGAUCUAGUGGAAACAACGUAUCAUUUUGCAUCCGGGAAGCAUCAAAAAUGUGGCAAAAUACCUCCCUCUACAACUACGAAGAACUCCGUCUUGAAAGGCGCGCCCUUUUCCUCACAAGUAUUAUAGAAGGGCGCGCUUUUGAAAUCGGAGUUUUUUUCACUUGGAGAGGGAGGUAUUUUGCUGCAUUUAUGCUACUUCCCGGAUGCAAAGUGGUAUGUUUUUUGCCAAUGGAUCAGGUUCGCCACUGUAUGAAUCAGCUCGUAUUUUACCACUUCCAGGUGCCCGAGAACUCCGAAAUCAUCGAUCCAAUUGGCAUUCUUUUAUUGACUUCUGAAGCGUCCAAAUCAAUCGAAUUUGAAAUUAGAGAGCCUUCCAUGGACAGGUUCUUCAGGAUCGACGAGGGAUUACUGUACUCGAAAAAUAAGCUCGAUUUUGAAAAAGAAAACAUCUUCAUUUUCACAGUCAAUCUGAAGGAGCCAAAGUCAUCAAAUGUGUUGGACUCUUGCAAAGUUGUAGUGAAAGUUCAGGUAAGUUCUCAUAUUUUUUGACGUCUUGCCGUCUCUUUUAAGCUUGCAAUACUACUAUCAGUCUGUAGGGAAAAUAAUGAGCACAAUCACGAUUUCAGGACCUCAACGACAACUCUCCGUAUUUCCGCGAAACCAUCGCUCAUUUAACCCUGGGCGUGCACGAAAACACACCUAAAGAAAUCUACUAUUUCCAAGCGCACGAUGACGAUAAAUUCGAUGAAUUAGAAUACCAUCUUCUUGACGCUCCAGCCGAGAAUUUCGAUGUGAAAAACGAUGGAAUUUUGGUUCUAAAAUCGGCCAACAACUUGAGAGACACGACAAAAAUCGUUGUUGGCGCAAAAGAUAGGGAUGGCCAUAUGGCCUCGAACAAUUUGACAGUCUCCAUUCGUUGGAAAGAAGAUGUGGGCCAUGUGCCGAAGAUGGGGAAUGAAGUGAGAGUGUUUGGAGUGGAGGAGAAUGAACGGGCCGACUAUUUUUUGGGAGAAAUCAAUGUGGAGAAGAAGGAGGUAUGUCGAGGGUUUGCUGGAGAAUUUUUGGAACAGCAAUGCUUACGAGUGAAGUGUUCCAAGUGCGAUGCAUCGGCCAUGGCUGAAAUCCGGAGCCCGUGCCUAAAAAAAUAUUGAAAGUUCGGUCAGGCGGCCCGGGUAAAAUUUCUUGUGUUCAGUGACGGACCUGAUUCAGUGGCAAAAAAAGUGCCAUUUUACAGCCAGAAAGCAUCAAAAAAUGUGGCAAAAUGCCUCCCUCUCGAACUAAAAAAACUUCUUUUUGAAGAGCCCUUUCCCCCACAAAAAGAGCGGGCGCGCUUUUGAAAUUGGAGUUUUUUCACUUGGAGAGGGAGGUAUUUUGCUACAUUUUUGAUACCUCCCGGAAGCAAAAUAGUACAUUUUUUGCCACUGGACCAGGCAUGCCACUAUAUAUGGACUGCUUGUGGCAAAUUUGAAGCGAAUAUGAUGACUGAUCUUUGAGCACUUUCAUGAUGAAGUUGUCUCCUUAAACACUAAAAAAUUUUUGACAAAAAAAUAGAUUUUUGUCUUUUUUAUUUGCUAUACAGCCAUCAACCAACGCCCUAAUAUUAGUCAUUCUAGGACAUCAACUUCUCAAUCAUCCAUGGCUCCGAUUUCAUUCGAAUCGACCCCUCCGGCAAGCUGUUUACCAAGUCUGUGUUCGAUUUCGAGGAGCAACAAGAAUUCCCAUUCAUCGUGCUGCUCAAAUCAGACGAUUUUAUUCUGACACAACGUUGUUUUUUGUUAAUAUUUGACAUUAAUGAUAGCCCUCCAAAAUUUGAAGAUUCAAACUAUUCGUUGGAAUAUUCAAAUUCUCCAAAAUUUUCGCCCAUCGGAAGAAUUCGGGCGAAAGAUGUGGACUCAAACUCGAGCAUAACGUACUCUACGGACAGUGAAUUUGUAAAGAUUGACAGUAAAACUGGGUUGUUUAGAAUGAACGAAAAUGGCGUGGACUUCAACGAAAUUAAUUUGACAAUCACCGCCGAGGACGAUGACAAUCCAGGAUUUGUGGGAAAACAAAGAGUGAAAGUGCGCAAAAAGGCAGCGGUAAAAGUGAGUUUACAGCGUUUUUUGUCAUGUUUAUUUUGAUGAAACUAGAGGCAAAUUCAGGCUAAAGUCUUGCGAGGUCCCCUUUGUAAAUUUUUUUAGUUAAAAAGAAGCGGUGACAUUUUAUACGAUGAAAUUUUUUUGAAAACUUGCGGCUUCAUGGAGGGGAAUAACCCCAAGUGCGACGCUCCGAUUUUCUUUAAAUUUUGCAUACACUUCGGGCAUAGAGCACAUAUCAAUUCCUGAAAAUUUUAGCUCGCACUUUACAGGGACAGUCCAGAUAUUAAACGGCUUUUUUCGGCCGAGAGAGCACGCGAAAGAGGGAGACCGGUCAGAGAGAAAAACGAGUUUGGCCGUAUCUUUGUCAGUUUUGCAUAAAAAAAAUUAUUUUUUGUGGAAAUAUUACUCUCUGCGGUAGAAAUAGCCAUGAAACUUAUUAUGCUAUGAUUCGCAAAAGCAUGGCAAAUUUUUUUCAACUCUCUAAUACAGUGAAUGGGCUACAGUGACGGACCUGAUCCAGUGGCAAAAAACGUUUCAUUUUGCAUACGGGAAAUAUCAAAAAUGUAGCAAAAUGCCUCCCUCUUCAACUAAAAAAGACUCCGUUUUGAACUGCGCGCCCUUUCCCUCACAAAAAAAGCGGGCGCGCUUUUGAAAUCAGAGCUUUUUCGCUUCGAAAGGGAGGCAUUUUGCUGCAUUUUUGAUACUUCCCGGAUGCAAAAUGGUACGUUUUUUGCCAAUGGAUCAGGUCCGCCACUGUAUGCCACCAGCAUUGACCUUAAUUCUCUCAUUUCCAGUCUCUAAAGAUCCCAGCAAAGCAAUCAUUGCUGAUUUCGGAAUCGGCCCUCAAAGGAAAGCUUUUGCUGGACCUAAACCCCAAAAACGAGCCGAGAAUACAAACUCAAAUUGAGAACAUUGACGAAAACUUCGUUUUGUCGUCCAAUGGGAAGCUUCGGCUCCGAAAAAUCCCCAAAUUUGGAAGCUUAACUUACUUGAAGAUUGCCGUAUUUGAUAAUGUGCUAAAUGAGACAUUUCUGACGAUGGUUGAGAUUUUUACAGCGGUAAGUCGUAUGCCUUACGUAUGUUUUACAUAUGUCUUCAUAUUUUUUUAGGAGUCAAUAGAGGUCAAAUUAUUUUGUCCAUCCGACGGAAAGAUGCGCGGUUUACAAAAUGCUUCGCUUGGUGAAGAGUUUGACAUUCUCGCGGAUCCAAAACUUCUUGGUAAAGUUAGAUACGAACUUACCUCCAAAAAUUUCCUGAUCGACAAGUAUUCUGGAAAGGCAAGUUUGAACAAUAAGCUUUGUACAUACUUUGCACCACAUCUCGAAUUUUCGGGUCGAGGACAGUCGAUCGAUACGGGGCGUAGCACGUCAAACUGAGGAGUCCGGUGACCGGAAUAGACUCUUCGCUAUCGGUUUUUUACAUUUCGUCUUGAUUUCCAGAGAAAGAGAGAAAAAAGACACGCAAAAGCAUACUCUCUCGCCCCAAAAAUUCCCCAUUUCUUCUCCGACAAAAAGUUUUUUCGCGUCUUUUUUGGCAAAUUGCCAAUCCAUUCACCGCACUGUUUUAGCUUAUCUCAGUUUGACGUGCAUAGGACAGCUGGAGGCCCAAAAAAAGGUUGUAGGAAGCGCCUAUGAGGCCUGGCAAGAUCGUUAGAUGGUCGGCGGAGGCUCAGCGGAGGCUCGGCGGAGACUUGGCGAACACUUGUACUAUGAUCAUUUUUUCUUAUUUUAUCUAUUGGAACGUUAGUUUUCUUUACCCUGAGUAACUGCAACAUAUAAAGGACAAAAAUAUGAGGGCAAACCACGAAGAUCCGUAACUUUUAUCUACCUAACUAAGCGUUCUCGUAGCCUCUCCCGCACAUACAAAGACAAACCGCCCAUAAUAUCGCUGACCCGAACUGUCGCUGACCAGAAAAGUCGUAGCCCCCUUCGUAUACUGUUUACUCAUUUUAGCUUCAAUUACUAAGGCACCCAAGCGAAUCCACCGUUACUUACAAGAUUAUCGACUAUCAUAAUUCAACCAAUUUUGUGUCAUGUCAACUUGAGCUACCCAGGACAUCAUCAAACUUGCCGUAUUCACAAGCUGCAGAAGUUUACGAAUUCCCUGAAGCGAAUUUUGAAUGGAAAUGGCAUGAUGACAAGAGACUAGGGUGUGAAAGAAAGUCCACAUCAAAGCCCACAUUAUUGACAAGCGACAAAAACGAGCUGGUUUAUCAGAAUCCGCAGUUCUUUCAUUUCUCGGAGAACUCCCCAAUCGGUUUUAUUGGCAAAAUUAUGAUUGAAAACGACAACAAAGCAAAUAUCACUAUCUCUGUUGAUAACUCAACAUAUUCCGAGCACUUUGCAAUUUCAAGCGACGGAAAGAUAACGGUGACAAAGCUGGUGGAUCGAGAGGAAAUCGGCUUUUUUGUCUUGGAUGUCCGACAUUCUGAUGAUGACAAGGCUAUCGGGAAAUCGACAAAGACAAAAGUUUUUGUUUUUGUGGAUGACGAAAAUGACAAUCCUGCAAAGUUUGUGGAUAACGAGAAGACUGUCGAAGUGUCGGAGAACGCCGAAAUUGGCAGUGUGAUCUACAAGUUCAAGGUGGAGGACAGAGACUUUGGUAUGUAAAUAUACGUUCUAAGACUCGGUUAAAUAAUUAUGGACCAGCAAAGACAAUGGGGGCCAGAUCCCGUGGCAAAAAACGUAUAAUUUUGCAUCCGGGAAGUAUCAAAAAAUGUGGCAAAAUGCCUCCCUCUACAAGUGAAAAAACUUCGUUUUGAAGAGUGCGCCCAUUUUCCUCACAAAAAGAGUGGGUGCGCUUUUGAAAUCUGAGUUUUUUUCGACUUGGAGGGUGAGGUAUUUUGCCACAUUUUUUAACACUUCCUGGAUGCAAGAUGGUACGUUUUUUACCACUGGAUCAGGUCCCUUGGCAAAUCUUGUAUACUUUCUGAACCUAGACUCAUUGCCCCCUAAUUAUUGGCGACCAAAUGGACGCCCUCUAAUUUUCUCUGCUCUGCCCUCUAAUUUCACUGCCCUCUAAUUAUCUGGCGCGCCGAAACGGACGCCAUGCCAGCAUUCAGUGAAUAAUUUUUUUCUGCUGUCAGAUUGUCUGGCAUGGGAAAGCCUCCAAACCAAAAGAUUUGGGGUAAAGUUGUGUUGGAAUGUUUUGUUCGUUGUUAUCUUCGACUUCCGCGAAAUUUUCGAGUUCAUGGAGCUACGAUUGGGGAAAUAUUUCGAUGACUGGGGAAACUGAAAAGUGUUAUUUUUCUUCGAUGCACAUGUCGAAAUUAGGACAAUCGAACGCGCGCUGAUUUCAAGAAUGACAUUUUUUUUUGAUCAUUACUAUUUUCCUUUUAAGGGAAAUACUUAAAAGUAGUACUGUAAAGGGGUAAUUUUUUAAACUUUUUUCACUGUUUUAAAUUUUGGGGGUUUUUGAUAGUGCUGAUUCCAAAAAUCUUUAUUCUUUUUUGAGUUGAAAUCAGCACUAUCGAAAACCCCUAAAUCAAGUAUUUGUAAAACAAAUUCAAAAAAUACUAUUUUACAGUACUGUUCAAAAAAAAAAUUAACGAUCAAAAGGAAAUGAAUGUCAUUUUCGAAAUCAGCACCACUGAUUCUCCUAAUCUCGACACUUUCAUCAAAGAAAAAUAAUACUUUUCGGUUUCCCGAUUGUCUUUUUCCCCAAUGGUCCUUUUUCCAAUUGUUCCACGUUAGUUUUUGCUGUUAUAAAUAGUAUGUUUUCUAUGUUGUAGAUGAGUUUUUUAAUCAGUCGCCCAAUUCGCAAUGAAACCGCUGACUCCAAUUAUGAUGACCAAACUCGUGAGAAUCAAGUGAAUUCAGUCGAUGUUCCAGCAAGGCGGAAACGCGGAGCCAAGAAGGAAUAUCAGAAAUUAAUGGAAUUUCGUGACAGGGAAGCAUUCAAAGAUUGGAUCAAGGCCGAAGGAACUUGGAACUUCAAACAUUCCCGAGGCCACAAGCUCAGAAAACACGAAUAUGAGUGUAAAUUCAAUCGUCGGAAAGGAACAAAAGGUAAUUUUUAUAAUUUUUUUUUCGGAACUGGGACGAUUGGGGAAACCGAAUCGUUAUUUUUCUUCGAUGCAAAUGUCGAAAUUAGGACAAUCGAUGGUGCUGAUUUCGAAAAUGACAUUCAUUUUUUUUGAUUGUUACUUUUCUUGUUAAGUAGUACUGUAAAGUAGUUAUUUUCUUAAAAAUUUUUUCAUAAAUAUUCGAUUUAGGGGUUUUCGAGGGUGCUGAUUUCGAAAAUGACAUUCAUUUUUUUAUUGUUACUUUUUUCCUUAAGUAGUACUGUAAAGUAGUACUUCUUUCGAAUUUACUCAAUUUAGGGGGUUUCGAUAGUGCUGAUUUCGAAAAUCAUGUUAACUUUUCCUCUAGUACUAUAUAGUACUAUCUGAUACUAUCUAGUACGAGGUGAAAAUUUGACCUUUAUGCGUUAGUGGUGUUGUUCUGGUGCCUCGUACUGCUAUUUUCCCCUCGUACAAUAUAGUAUCAUGUAGUAUUAUCAAAAAUAGCACCAAGUUUUUAAAACGUGUUUUUUAAGAGUACUGAGCAUCAAAACAACACCAUUAAUGUCAAAAGCCAUAUUUUCUCGUACUGCAUAGUAUCAGAUAGUACGUACUAUAUAGUACUAGAGGAAAAGUUAACAUGAUUUUCGAAAUCAGCAUCAUCGAAAACCCCUAAAUCGAGUGUUUAUGACAGAAAUUAUAAAAGGUACUACUUUACAGUACUACUUAAAGAAAAAAGUAACAAUCAUAAAAUGAGUUUCAUUUUCGAAAUCAGCACCAUCGAUUAUCCUAGUUUCCACAUUUACAUCGAGGAAAAAUUAUACUUUUAGGUUGCCCCAAAAUUUUUCGUUAUACAUAUAAUAUAACUUUAUAUAGCUAUUCCGUGCUUUACAUUUUAGAGAAAUGUGAGAUCAAACUGAUUGGUGAAGAAGAUCAUGAAGGCCGGAUCACUGUUUUGACUUACGGCAGCCACACAGUCCACGCCUCAUUGCAAAGGAGACUUCCGGAAGGGGCCAGGAGUGCGAUUGAAGCCAAAUUCAACGAGUACCCUUCGAUUCUACCGGAAAUCGCGUAUCGAGAUCUGAAGUCAGAACAUCCUCUGUUAACUCUAAAACAAGUUCAAGGUGUCAUCUAUCACUUGCGGUCUAGGCUGAAAGAUGAUUGUCGAUGGAGCGAAUUUGUCAAGAUUUUUCAAGCGAUGGAAAACCCGGCAAAUGAUGACGAAAUGGUCGAACUGGAAGAUACCAAAAGUAUUAAUGUUCGGAGUUCCAAAUGGGCAAUAAUGCAAUGCUAG